ACGCAGCAUCUAUGCCAACACAGUAGGUGGCGGAAAUGCACCUUAAGCUGGUUUGCCAUCCGUCAUUAAACCAAACAGAAGAAGAAGAAGAAGAAGACGAAGAAGACAGUUUGCUGUGGCGAGUGCGCGCUAUGAGUGGGGUGAAGUGGAUCAAGACUGUUAGUAAUUGGUUGCCAAAUAUAUCGCUGUUAAUAAGUUGUUAAAUGUCUUGUUUUAAGAAAAACUCGGUGUCGAACUUACUAAUAUAACAUCGCAGUGUUGUUUUCUUCCUUUCCACAGAUAAUGCAAAUACAUUAAUGUUUACUAGUUAUUAAAAUGAAUAGUUACUCGUCUGUCUAAGUUAGCUGGUGCAGGAGCCAUUUCCAAUAACUAGUCUCCUCUUCGUAAUGGCUAGUCAGGGUGAUGGUUCGAGAGAGUUGUGGUUUGCUCAUGACGUUUACUCCCGCUACUGGCAGCACUACCAGCAGGCCAUGAACUGGAACCAGAAGCACAAGCGGGCAUACAGAAGUGCUUUGGAAGCUGGCUACUUCCAGACACUCUAUUCCCUGAACCCCUCUGCAACCAUGCAGUGUUACUCAGAUUGGCAUGGUAAUGAGUGCCUGAAGAACAGCCACAGAGACAGACUGAAGGAAAAAAUAGAGAACAAGAUUACUGGUUCAGACAGUGAAAUUGAGGAGGAGAGUUCGGAUGAGAGCCAGCUUGAGUGUGAUGUCAGCAACAUGGACAUCUCAGAAGAACUGCGACAAUACUUUGCCCAGACAGAACGACACAGGCAGGAACUUAAAAAACAACAGCAGAUGGAGGCAGAGCAGCAGGACUCUUAUAUACUGGCUGACCAAGAUUUGCAUAGAGUUUCCUGGCGUAGCACCCUGCCCCCUUCUGAGCGUCCUGGAGAACGGAGGACUGCAGAAAUGAAGAAGUUGUACGGUAAAGAUGCAGCAAAGAUUCAGGGGAUGGAAACAGCCAUGCAGCUUACCUUUGACCGCAACUGUGAUAAAAAACAGCCCAAAUAUUGGCCUGUUAUACCACUAAAUCUCUAAGAUGAUCAGACCCCAUCAUGCGUGACAGCAUCACAGGAUCUUCUAAUCAGAGACUGUUCAGAUUCUACUGCUAUUACAGUACAGUAAAGCAUUGCAUCAGAGCAGCAUCUUUUGAGGGCAUUUCUCACAAACAUAUUUAUCUGAACAUCAACACUUGCUAGGACCUUACAGAAAUGACACGUUUAAUAAAUAUUAAUUUGAAGACCUGAGUAAAACCCUUUCUGGAA